GCCGUCAAGUAGCCCCGGGAACGGCCGGCGUUUCGGAGCCGGUGGGCGGCUGGAGGCCGGAGCGCUCGGCCGGUUCCCGCUGGACCUCGGCCAGUGCCCGCGCGGCCGCGUUCCCGCAGCGCUGUCCACGUCGGCCCGCCAUGCGCCCGCCGGCCCCGGCCGUGCUGGGGCUGCUGCUUCUGAUGCUGCUGUCGCCCGGCGAGGCCACCAAGAAGCCGACGCCCUGCAAGCGAUGCCGGGAGCUGGUGGACAAGUUCAACCAGGGAAUGGUGGACACAGCAAAGAAGAACUUUGGUGGUGGAAACACGGCUUGGGAGGAAAAGACGCUGUCCAAGUAUGAAUUCAGUGAGGUCCGCCUGCUGGAGAUCAUGGAGGGCCUGUGUGGGACCAGCGACUUCGAGUGCAACCAGCUGCUGGAGGAGCACGAGGGGCUCCUGGAGACCUGGUGGCUGCGGCUGAAGAAGAAGUAUCCUGACUUAUUUGAAUGGUUUUGUGUGAAAACACUGAAAGUUUGCUGUGCUCCAGGAACUUACGGGCCAGACUGCCUGGCGUGCCAGGGCGGGUCCGAGCGGCCCUGCAGCGGGAACGGCCACUGCAGCGGAGACGGCAGCAGACAGGGCGACGGGUCGUGCCAGUGCCACCCGGGGUACCGGGGACCGCUGUGCGCCGACUGCAUGGACGGCUACUUCAACUCGCUGAGGAACGAGACGCACAGCACCUGCUCAGCUCCUAAUUUCCGAAACGCCCUUUGCGUCGAGUUCACUCCUGAGACGGGAUCCCCACGUACUGACGGCUGUGCCACCUCUGCCUUCCAGCCUGUGACGAGUCCUGCAAGACGUGCACGGGCCCCACCAACAGAGACUGCGGCCAGUGCGAAGCGGGCUGGGCACGGGAGGGCGACGCCUGCGUGGCUGUGCCGUCCUCUGCAGAUGUGGACGAAUGCGCAGUGGAGCCGCCCCCCUGCGAGGACCAGCAGUACUGCGAGAACAUCAACGGCUCCUUCGUGUGCCAGGAAUGUGAUUCUACCUGCGUGGGAUGCACAGGGAAGGGUCCUGGACAGUGUAAAGAGUGCAUUCCCGGCUACUCGAAAGAGAGCGGCCAGUGCGCAGGUCAGCGGGCGCAUCUGCGUUCAACUCAGGGGCGGGAACCUUCCCAGAGACCACGUGCACUGGUGGGGACGGGACCCUAGGCUGCAGACUCCGAUUCUCAUGUGUCCAGGGGCGUGGGGGCCGAGCGAGGGCCUGCAGGCUCCGGCUGGACGUCCCCCUCGACAGUCAAGCCCGGCUGGAACCCGGCUGGAGAACCACCGGGCUCCGCCCUCACGUUUGCCUGGACCGUCUCUUCUUCCCGCCCCCGACGGCCUGGCUCUGGGGCUCCUGUUAAAUGCUCCCCUCUGUCUCCUUUCUCUAAUGGGCUGGUUCCAUCUCUGCGCUUUCUGCGUGGGAGUGAAUCAUGACGCGUGAAUGCCUCGAUCCUUCGAUCCCCAUGUGCACGUUUGCCGAACGAGGUCACCUGGUCAGCGGAAUGUUUUCAUUUAGACAUUGACGAGUGCUCGCUGGCGGAAAAGCCGUGUCUGAGGAGGAACGAAAACUGCUACAACACGCCCGGGAGCUUCGUCUGCGUGUGCCCUGAGGGCUUCGAGGAGGCCGAGGGCGUCUGUGUGCAGACGGGGCCGGCGG